AUUUCUGCUAGUCUUGCUUGCUUCUUCCUUCUUCUCUCUAAUUUUGGUUGCCCCGAAGCUUCAGCCAGGCUUUCAACUGAAUAUCCAUUGGAAUUGGAAUGCCACCGCACCGGACCGCAGUUGGAAGCCUCGAUCCAAUCUUGUAACGAGAAGGGAAUUCCCUGUUAGAUCCGUACCCUGUUUCUUGUAUAAACUUCAAGUUAUUUGAAAUUGUUGGACAAGAUUUAGACUGAAAAAAAAAUGCUGAGGUUAAAGGCUUUUCGUCCCACAAAUGAUAAGAUCGUCAAGAUCCAAAUGCACCCAACUCACCCCUGGCUUGUCACCUCCGAUGCAUCCGAUCACGUCUCCGUUUGGAAUUGGGAACACCGCCAGGUGAUUUAUGAGCUGAAAGGUGGGGGUGUUGAUGAGAGGCGUUUGGUUGGUGCUAAAUUGGAGAAGCUCGCAGAGGGCGAAUCAGAGCCUAAAGGGAAACCUACAGAAGCAAUCAGAGGUGGGAGUGUUAAGCAGGUAAGCUUUUAUGAUGAUGAUGUGCGGUUUUGGCAACUUUGGCGCAACCGCUCUGCUGCUGCUGAGGCUCCAUCCGCUGUGAAUAAUGUUACUUCGGCUUUUAGUACUCCAGCCCCUUCAACUAAAGGACGGCAUUUUCUUGUAAUAUGUUGUGAGAACAAAGCCAUUUUUCUAGAUUUGGUGACAAUGCGUGGGCGUGAUGUUCCAAAGCAAGAUCUUGACAACAAAUCGCUUCUUUGUAUGGAAUUUCUAGCAAAGUCGGCGGCUAAUGAGGGUCCUCUAGUGGCUUUUGGUGGAUCAGAUGGUGUAAUAAGAGUCCUUUCAAUGAUAACGUGGAAGGUUCCUUCUUCUAAGUGCUUUGCUCUUUUAAUUUGGCCAUUGAUAUUUUGCCCAGUUGUGUCUGAGAAUAUGCAAGUGCCAAGGAUUGGUGUGAUGUGGUUUCUCUUCCCUCUGCAGCUUGCUCGUAGGUAUACUGGAGGUCACAAGGGGUCAAUUGCUUGUUUGAUGACCUUCAUGGCUUCAUCUGGCGAGGCAUUUUUGGUUUCUGGCGGUAGUGAUGGUUUGCUUGUCCUCUGGAGUGCAGAUUAUGGGCAUGAUUCACGAGAACUUGUGCCUAAGCUGAGCUUAAAAGCCCAUGAAGGUGGUGUUACAGCUGUCGAGCUGUCUAGAGUGAUUGGUGGGGCACCCCAGCUAAUCACAAUUGGUGCAGACAAAACUUUAGCUAUCUGGGACACGAUUUCGUUUAAGGAAUUGCGUCGAAUAAAACCUGUGUCAAAAUUGGCUUGUCAUAGUGUGGCAUCCUGGUGCCAUCCUCGGGCUCCCAACCUCGACAUCCUAACCUGUGUCAAGGAUUCUCAUAUAUGGGCUAUUGAGCACCCAACUUACUCUGCUCUUACAAGGCCAUUGUGCGAACUGUCCUCAUUAGUGCCACCUCAACUACUUGCAUCUAAUAAGAAGCUAAGAGUCUAUUCUAUGGUUGCACAUCCUCUUCAGCCUCAUUUUGUUGCUACUGGAACCAAUAUUGGUAUCAUUGUUUGUGAGUUCGAUCCUAGAUCUCUUCCACCUGUAGCUGCACUGCCAACAGCUCCAGGAAGCCGAGAACAUGCUGCUGUAUAUGUCAUUGAGAGGGAAUUGAAGCUAGUACAAUUUCAAUUAUCUAAUACAGUGAAUCCGGCACUUGGGAGUAAUGGUUCCUUGAGUGACACCGGAAGGAUCAGGGGAGAUGCACCUGAUCAACUGAAUGUUAAGCAAAUCAAAAAGCAUAUUAGUACUCCUGUUCCACAUGAUUCAUACUCGGUUCUUUCUGUGAGCAGUUCUGGGAAGUACCUGGGUGUUGUGUGGCCUGACAUUCCAUACUUCUCCAUUUACAAGGUCAGUGAUUGGUCAAUUGUUGAUUCAGGCAGUGCAAGGCUUUUGUCUUGGGACACGUGUCGAGAUAGGUUUGCGAUACUUGAAUCUGCUGUAACUCCUAGAAUGCCUAUAAUGCCUAAAGGCUCGUCAAGAAAAGCUAAGGAAGCUGCUGCUGUUGCAGCACAAGCAGCUGCAGCUGCUGCUUCAGCUGCUUCAUCCGCCAGUGUUCAAGUUCGCAUACUUCUGGAUGAUGGGACAUCAAAUAUAUUGAUGAGGUCAGUUGGCAGUCGCAGUGAACCAGUCAUUGGUUUGCACGGGGGUGCACUACUUGGUGUUGCUUAUCGAACGUCACGAAGGGUCAGUCCUGGGGCUGCUACUGCUAUUUCAACAAUUCAGUCAAUGCCCUUGUCCGGCUUUUCAAGUGCUGUUUCCUCUUUCAGCGCUUUAGAUGAUGGUUUUUCUUCUCGGAGACCUUCAACUGAAGCAACACCAUUGAACUUCCAACUAUACAGCUGGGAGAGUUUCCAGCCAGUUGGUGAUCUUCUUCCUCAGCCUGAAUGGACUGCAUGGGAUCAAACAGUUGAGUAUUGUGCUUUUGCCUAUCAGCAUUACAUAGUCAUAUCUUCUUUGCGUCCUCAGUAUCGAUGCUUGGGAGAUGUAGCAAUUCCUCAUGCUACUGGGGCUGUUUGGCACCGGAGGCAGUUAUUUGUUGUCACACCGACUGCGAUAGAGUGUGUUUUUGUUGAUGCUGGUGUUGCACCUAUUGAUAUAGAAACCAAGAAAAGAAAAGAAGAGAUGCGACUUAAAGAGGCUCAGGCAAGAGCUGUUGCCGAACAUGGGGAAUUAGCAUUAAUUACAGUUGAUAGCCAGCAAACUACAUCACAAGAUAGGGUAAAAUUGAGACCGCCAAUGCUCCAAGUUGUGCGAUUAGCUUCUUUUCAGCAUUCUCCCUCUGUGCCUCCAUUUCUAAGUUUGCCAAAGCAAUCUAAAGGUGAGAAUGAUGAUUCAGCAAUGCCAAGAGAGGCGGAAGAAAGGAAAGUCAAUGAAGUUGCUGUUGGUGGUGGUGGGGUUGCUGUUGCAGUUACUCGGUUUCCAGGUGAGCAAAAGCGACCAGUUGGACCUCUUGUAGUUGUGGGUGUUCGAGAUGGUGUCCUUUGGCUUAUAGAUAGGUACAUGUGUGCCCAUGCAAUAUCCCUUGGCCAUCCUGGUAUUCGUUGCCGAUGUCUUGCAGCCUAUGGAGAUGCAGUUAGUGCAGUGAAAUGGGCUAGUAGGCUGGGCAGAGAACAUCAUGAUGAUUUAGCACAGUUCAUGCUUGGGAUGGGUUAUGCUACUGAAGCACUUCAUUUGCCCGGGAUAUCCAAGAGGCUGGAAUUUGAUCUGGCCAUGCAGAGCAGUGAUCUUAAAAGAGCUCUUCAAUGCCUUCUAACAAUGAGCAACAGCAGGGAUUUAGGACAAGAAACUCUUGGUUUGGACUUGAAUGACAUCAUGAAUCUAAAUGCAAAAAAGGAAAAUGUUGUCGAUGCUGUAGAAGGGAUAGUUAAAUUUGCGAAGGAAUUUUUGGAUCUUAUAGAUGCUGCAGAUGCAACUGCUCAAGCUGACAUUGCCCGUGAAGCUCUUAAGCGUUUAGCUGCUGCUGGGUCCUUGAAGGGAGCUUUACGUGGUCAUGAGUUGCGAGGACUUGCUUUGCGUCUUGCAAAUCACGGGGAGUUGACAAGACUGAGUAAUCUGGUCAACAAUAUGAUAUCGGUCGGCUCAGGGAGGGAAGCAGCAUUUGCUGCUGCUGUUUUGGGAGACAAUGCUCUCAUGGAGAAAGCAUGGAAGGAAACUGGGAUGCUUGCUGAGGCUGUGCUCCAUGCUCAGGCUCAUGGGCGGCCUACACUGAGGAGUUUGGUUCAGGAAUGGAAUAAAGAGCUACAGAAGGAGAUGGAACCCAUUCCCUCAUCGAAAACAGAUGCUGCUACUGCAUUUCUGGCUUCCCUCGAGGAACCUAAGUUCACAAGUUUGGCCGAUGCUGCAAAGAAGCCCCCAAUUGAAAUUCUGCCUCCAGGAAUGGCAUCUCUGUAUGGUCCUAAUCCUGGUCAGGGCAAACCUCCUCCAGCCGCUCAAGGUCAAAAGCAGCAGCCGGCUAAGCAGUUGCUCUUGGAAGGACCAAAUGCCACUGCUCAAAAUGCAUCGGCUCAAUCGGAAACGGUUGCCCCAACUACAUCAGAAUCCAUUGCUCCGCCCAAAUCAGAUUCUGAUGCUCCGAAUACAUCACAAUCAGGUACCGCACCUACAUCAGAGUCUAGUGUGCCACCUUCUGAGUCAGGUGCGACCUCAUUGGAGGCGGACACUUCAGUUCCUCCAGAUUCAAAUACUCAAGUACCUGCAGAGUCAAAUGGAAAAGCUGCAGAAAACCAAAGGCCCGUUGAUGAAACUGGUGUCGACAAUCCAAAUGCAACACCAGAAAGUGUGCCUUCGGUAUCUAGUAAUAGUCCAUCCACAUCAGACACUGCUUCCCAUCCACCAAACAAUCAGGGUUCAGAUGUUAACUCAGCACCUCCAAUGAUUGAUUUCUCCUGACGGGCAGUCUACCUGCUGAUUGCGUUAUUACCUGUGUACACUAGUCACUCUUUUUAUUCAGCCCACUGUAUAGAGAAACUUUGUGAUUUGAACGCUUGUCUUGUGCGAUAGGGAGCUUCACGAUUGUACACAUUUCUUGAAAUUGGUCGGUGGGAGGUUUUGCUCCCAGCGCCCAUUGUAUUUGCAUACCGGGGCCGACAAUGUUCCGGGCGAGUACUGAGUGCCCCUCCUUUUGUACACAUUAGUUUGUCAAAUUUUUGUCUUUACUUUUUUUUUUUUUUGGUUUUCUUGUGUAGAGAUUCUGGUAGACUGAUGACAGCUUGCAGUUUAUAGAACCUUAUUGUACCAUCAAUCUUGAUCAAAACCCUCUUGCCUUGUACCGCAAUUCUUCA